AUGACGACACCACCUCUUUCCGCUCCGACGCUCUUUACACCCUCCGAGCUCAGGGCAGACGCAAUUAUAACAGCAUCAAUUACCCGCCUAGUCAACGAUGCAUUCCUGCGAUCCCAUAAGCACGACCCAGUCAAAUGGGACUGUACGGACUUGCGUUUUGCCACCCUUGAGUCAUACUACCAAAUGCUGGGUGAGAAGAGCGUCGUCGCCUUGAUCUUUGACGACGAUACAACGCCUGAAGAGGGCAAGCAGGGACUCGAACGCAAUAGAUCCGUGGAUGGUAAAUGGGCCGGAAAGAAGGUUGUCGCUUGUGCUACCGCUGUACCCUGGAAAGGCGGAUGGACUAAGGAAGGAGCAGAGACUGAAAGAGGCUGGGAAAUGAAGGCCGUGUGCGUAGACGGGAGCGCAAAAUAUGCGCGACGCGGGUUGGCUGUGCAACUACUUCAGUUUCUGGAGCAGCGCCUCAUCAACAUCGAGCAGUCGAAGCUGGGUUUCCAGAAGCGAGUGGGUGAAAAUGAAGAGCGUGCGCAGGGCAAUCUCAACCUUUGGAUUCUCGCGGCCGAAUGUCUUAACGGGGAUUAUUGGCGGAAGAGAGGUUAUCAAGAGGUCAGAAGGAGUACGCAAGGAGCGGGUGUAUGGGGAUGCCAGACAAGCUUUGAGAUUGUGGUGCUAAGGAAGGAUGUGCCGUUUGAGCUAAAGUGA